CCCACCAAUGAGGGUGAAUCCCAUUAGCUGUGCGCAUGCGCAGUAGAGCAGUUGAUGGCGUUCGGUUGUCUGUUGGCAUGAUGGGCUUCUCUUCUUCACUUCAGUCUACUCUCAGUUUUCUCCCGGCGUCAGCCGUGUGUUGUUUGCCGUAGUUCUAGUGUCAGGUGUGCAAAUCGGUGCUCUGAGGAAACUCUUCAUUGUGUCAAACUCAACUUAAAUGCAUUCUAAAAUUACAAUCGAACUCUGAUACCAGAUAAUUAUUGAUCAGUUUCAUUUCCUGUAAGAACUUGUAGAGUAUUUUGGAGUGGUUGGAGUGAGCUGUAACUGUGGCUUCGAACAUUGUGUAAAAGUGAAGCGUCAAAUUUCAGUCAUCAUAAGACGUCAUGGUGUCUCAUCUGCUACCAGACUCGCAGGAUCUUGAAGACAAUGAGCCUCUCAAAAUCAAAGAAGAACCGUUCAUCACCCGUACCGCGGAUUGCUCCAGCUCCCACAUUCAUGGCUACGACGACAAGAGCAGCGACAACGUGAAGAGUUCUCCGUGCUCCUCCUCGUCACCGAGCAGCCACACCCAUCAGCUGCAGCACAGAAGCAGCAGCAGCUGCAGUGGAGGCAGCUCCGGCGACCAUCACCUGCUCGCUCAGCUGCAGUCCACUGUCUCCUCCACCGAUCUCAUGCCCUACAUCCACAGCCCCAGCCCCAUCCAACACACCACCAGCAAGGAGUCCACUGUUGUUUCCACAUCAAGCGGGUCCCCCUCGCCGGGAACAGUGGACUCGGACCCCUCGGUGAAGCCCCCCUACUCGUACGUGGCUAUGAUCUUCUUCGCGAUCAACCAAUCGACCCUGAAGCGAGCCACCCUCGCAGAGAUCUACAACUACAUCUCGACCCGCUUUCCCUACUACGACAAGAACAAGAAGGGCUGGCAGAACUCCAUCCGCCACAACCUGUCGCUCAACAAGUGUUUCAUCAGGGUGCAGCGGGAGGGCGGAGAUCGCAAGUGCAGCUACUGGACGCUACACCCGAGCAGCGGCGAUAUGUUUGAGAACGGCAACUUCAAGCGUCGACGCCGCAUGAAAAAGACGCCGUUCGAUGUCGGAGGCGGCUCUCCCUACAUGAAGCAACUCUACGCCGACUCGCCCUACCACCCCCACAACCACCAUGCCGCCCCCGCUCACCCACACCCCCACCACCUGUUCGCCACCAGCAAUCAUCAUCAUGCCGCCGCUGCUGCUGCUGCUGCCGCCGCCGCUUACGGCAGCCAUUACACCAGUACAUGGCCAAUGCAGCCUUCACAGUUGACCUACCCAUCUUGUCAGGGUAUUGUUACUCGCAACGCUUCUCAGUAUCCUAUCCAAUCUCAGUUGUCUGGACAGUUGAUUCAACCUUUCCAAAUAUCGAGUCAAUUGAACAACAACUACCAAUUAAAUCCUGGAAUCAGUAUGACCAGUAGCAGUGAGUUUUCAUCUUGCUCCAUGAGAAGAACAGAGUCUGAUUCUAUGCGAUAUCCUUACUGGACAUCUUCAGAAAUGAAAGAUGAAUCGCCGAUCUCAAUGAACAGCUCGCCAAGUGAAAGCCCGUACAACGCUCUAAGUAUGGAGCUGUUAGCAUCCGCCAGACCAAAGUGUUUCAUGUCGUGAAUGAUGCUGGUAUUUGUUACCGCGGCUCUAGAGCGGUUUCCACUCUUUGGAAUCAAGCGAUCAUCUCAGUCAAUAAAUUUGCAUACAGUACGAGUUUGGAGUUAUUGAAAAAUUCUAUCAUUAUAAGAAACUUCUUUAAAAUCCCUGCUUCCAGAAAAAGCUUUCUAUUACAAACUUAUUCUCUAUUUAAAAAGUUGACCAACUUGCUUUCACAUUAUUUGCUAUCAAAAUGGAAUGAGAACAUGUAAUAAUAUGCAUGCAUUACUUGGUUUUUUAUGUUCAAUUCAUAUUAUGUAGGCCUAUGAGCCUACUUUUCUUACUAUUAUAUCAUAACCACCAGUAUGUUAAGACUAAAUUCAUUCAAUGAGCGGUCAAAUUGAUCCAAUCUACUACGUGAGAAUUGAUUUUCAAGAAUUGAAACACAAAUUUUAUUUUAUAAAUUUGAUUAUAUUUUAUGUUUUGUGAUUAAGAUGUGGGUAACUUGUUCAAUUUGAAAAUAUCCUUGUUGUAUUAUCUGUCUCACAUUAUUUUGAUUUCUUGUCAGUUUAAUAUCUUUGUAUUUGUACAUACAUAUUAUUUGAAUAUUA